AUGCAUUCUUCCGAAACCAAGGAUGCAGACCCUGUACUGCUUCACGAAACCAGUAGUUCACCGCCCAAGGACCCUUAUGCCCCCUCGCUGGAUCUCGUUGCUACUACCGAGAUAGCCGCCGACGACCCUGUCGAUCUCCCAAGACCGACCAACUUCUUUCGCCAAGUCCAAUGGACUGCUGACGGCACAACCCUCGUCGCUUCUACCUCGGACAACCGCUUGUCGGCAUACGUCUUGCCAGCCGACCUUCUCAACCCAACCGGCCGGCCUCGGCUGUUGACGCCCCAUGGUCAGCUGCAGCUCCCGGAACCCUUCUACUCGGCCGCCCUGUCGCCCUAUUUUUCACUGUCCGAGCCGCAGACUCAACUCGCUCUGCUCGCCUGCAAAGACCACCCCCUCCAGCUGUAUCACGUCUUCCCAGAGUCCCGGUCUUCGCCCCCGCUGUGUUCUUACAAGCUGAUUCGCCGCGAGACAGAGGAGUACAUCUGCCCCGAGUCUCUCUUGUGGUCUUGGCCCGGCACCCAUUUCCUUGCCGGCUCGACAAAUCGUCUCGACCACUUCGACGUGUCGAGAACCGGUUCUGAUGGCCCCGUCUUGACUAUCCCCACAAUCCCCUCCAAGCGGCACCUUCUCAAGGGCGGCGGUGUCGGUAUGAAGGGAAUGGUCUCCACCCUGUCAAGCCAGCGCCCAGAUGAGUCCGGCGCUUCCAUCGUGGCGGCGGGCACUUGGUCUCGCUGGAUGGGUCUCUACGACGUGACGCGCACGAACAAGCCCGUGGCUAAUUGGAGCAUUCAUGGCGUUACCAAGGCUCACUUCGGCCGAGACGUUGGCGGUAACGGCAUUGUUCAAACCAUCUGGAGUCCAUGUGGCCGAUAUCUGGCCAUCAACGAGCGCCAGGCAAGCGGAAUCCUCGUCUACGAUGUUCGCGGGACGGGCCAGCCCCUGAACCUGCUCGUUGGCAGGACCGCGACCACACAGCAGAGGUUAACGUGUGAUGUAUUUCCGGGAAGCGGGGACUAUGGUGGCUUCGAGCUCUGGGCCGGCACAGAACAGGGAAAUGUUCUCGUUUAUGAGGGCGUUGGCGCCAUGGACGGCGUCCUUGACAAGUCAUGGGACUGGGCCGCCCAUACAUCACCCGUUGGAAGCGCUGCUGUUCACCCCACCGGCUCCGUCGUCGCCACUUGCUCUGGCGCGUGGAAAAGCUAUGCGGAUCGCGAACUGGACAGUGAGGUUGGUUCUACGGACGACAACGGCCAACCGCGCUUGGCUUCGACAUGCAUCACCCCUGAUUCCGCCCUCAAAGUCUGGACAUUGUCGUCGAGUACUGCAGAACCCGUGGCUCAGGACAACCCCGAAGCCGUACAAUGA